AUGGCUGCGGUCGCAGCAAAUUCACGUGAUUUCAUAGUGGCGACCAAAUAUAAGUUGAUUCGGAAGAUUGGUUCGGGUUCAUUUGGAGAUAUUUAUUUGGCGAUUAAUAUCACAAAUGGAGAGGAGGUUGCCGUCAAAAUGGAGGCGAAUAAGGCGCGACAUCCACAAUUGCUCUAUGAGAGCAAGGUAUAUAAAAUAUUGCAAGGUGGAGUCGGAAUACCACACAUUCGAUGGUAUGGCACAGAACGAGAAUACAACGUACUCGUAAUGGAUCUGUUAGGACCGUCGCUCGAGGAUUUAUUCAAUUUUUGUAGUCGACGUUUUACGAUGAAGACAGUACUGAUGUUGGCUGACCAGAUGAUUGGGCGUAUUGAGUAUGUGCACGUCAAGAACUUUAUUCAUCGCGAUAUUAAGCCUGACAACUUCAUGAUGGGUAUUGGUCGUCACUGUAAUAAGUUAUUCUUGAUCGAUUUCGGCUUGGCGAAGAAAUAUCGUGACUCUCGAACUCGGGCACAUAUACCAUACCGGGAGGAUAAGAAUCUAACUGGAACAGCACGUUACGCAUCAAUAAAUGCUCAUUUGGGUAUUGAACAGUCACGUAGGGAUGAUAUGGAAUCGUUGGGUUAUGUGUUGAUGUACUUCAAUAAGGGAACGCUCCCAUGGCAAGGACUGAAAGCUGCGACCAAGAAACAAAAAUACGAAAAAAUUAGUGAAAAGAAAAUGUCGACGCCUGUUGAGGUUCUAUGCAAAGGCUUUCCAGCCGAGUUUGCAAUGUAUUUAAAUUACUGUCGUGGAUUGCGUUUCGAUGAAGCACCUGACUACAUGUAUCUCCGUCAACUUUUCCGUAUUCUCUUCAGAACGCUUAAUCAUCAGUACGAUUACACAUUCGAUUGGACAAUGCUGAAACAAAAAGCUUCACAAAAUACGGCAGCCGCGCUAGCUUUGGCUGGUUCAGGACAAGGAGGAGUACCAUCAAUGCAAGAUCAUUAA